AUGUUGUGUUACCGCCAGGUGGAAGCUUUUCUAGAGGCGAAGGGCGGCGGCGGAGGCACCGGAGGCAGAUAUAGGAGCAGUGACAUGCGAGACCUAGCGGCGCUGCACUCGCUCGGCUCCCACCCGCUAACGCUCGACCUCGUCUGCGAGCUCGCUAACGAGGAACCCAACGCCGCGGCACCACCGCCGGGAGAAGACAAGAGCUUCCUCGCCUCGAUGCCCGCCUUCUCUACCACUCCCCCCUUCUCCUCCGCCGCAGCUACCGCCGCCGCAGACACUUCUCACGCGCUCUGGAUGGAAGGUCGCCCGAACAGGCCGACCCGCGCGUGGGUGAUGGCCUGCUGGCUCGAACGAGCCAUGAAGAGCGGCGCCGGGUUUUCCUCCCGCGGCGGGGUGAAGAGCAGGAUCGGGGGGGCGGUGGCGGCGGAGCGAGAAAGGGGCGGGGCAGCCACGGGCAUUACCACCUCCGCCGGGGUGGUUUUAUCUUCGUCUUCUGCUCGUGGGCUGCACUCUGCGGAGGACUUGGCAUUUUCUAUGUACCAGGCUGGUCGAUGGACGAUGGACGCCGCCCCUCCCGAGAUGCAGACUUCUGCGCAACUCUUGCAGUUGCGGCUGCAUAAGCUCGUGCCACUCAGCAGCGGCAGGCUUUGGGGCUUCGCAAAGAGCGGCCUGAUGGAGUUCCUCGUGGCCUCGCGGGUAAGGAGAGGGGUUUUGGAGGAGGGGGAAAGGCGGCGGGAAAGGACCAUCGCAGUGACCCAGAACAAGGAAGGAGUUGAACUCGCGCCCGAUCUACCCGACCCCAACCCCAUUCUGGGCGCGCUGAGCUUCUGUCCCUUUGAGAGCGAAGGCGGCGGCGGCAGUGGCUCCGUUGGGCACCCCGGUGGCGGCCUCGUGCUGGCGUUCCUUGGCGAGAUGUGCUCCACCGACUCGGUGUUCGCGGAGCUGCUGCUGCAGCUGGUGGACGACUCCAAGCAGCACGUUCAGGAAAGGACCUGCGCCACCACAUAUGCCGACGGCAGCAACAGCGGGAGCAGAACUAGCAAGCGCGCCGUCAGCGAGGACGAUAGCGGCAGCAGACACCCGAGCGAAAAGGUGGCGGCCGACGGCGGCGGGGACGGGGACGAAGCUGCUCGAGAUCGUGCGCUCAUGGUGGCCGCGGCGAACGCUAUGACCGUCCUCUGCCGCUCUGGGCAUUCCUUCGCCGGGAUGGACCUUUCACAAAUUAAGAUCCCCGGAGCGGUGCUCGACAGAGGGAUUUUCGACGGCUGCUCAUUCGUCGCCGCCGACCUGACGGGCUGCUCCGUGAGGGACGUCUCCCUUCGCCGCUGCAACCUCGCCCGCGCGAGGCUGGGCAGCCUGAAUAUCGGGGCCCUACCGACCCUCCGCCCCUUCGGCAGCGGCAGCAGCGGCGGCGCUACCCUAGUGCCUGCGGGGGGGGUCGGAGAUGCCAGAGGCGUUGUGGAGGCGGCGGCGGCGAUGGUGGCAGGACCGAGAUCGGGGGGAGGGGACAAUACCCGGGCAGGGGAAGAGAUGAUCGGGAGGGUGGGGGUGUCGGCGGACCGCACCGUUGUGGCGGUGCUCUCGGGCGACGGGCGGUGCGCAAAGAUCCUCAGAACUGGCUCUCUACAGGAGGUUUGCCGAAUGUCCCCGGGGACCGGGCGGGUAUUUUCCUCGGAGCUGCUACUGCUGUCGCCGAGGGGACACCUCGUCCUCGCCUACACCGUCUCAGCCGGGGGUGUAGGAGGAGAAGGGGGCCGGGAGGAGAGCCCGGGAGGGUCACCGGAGGGAAAGUAUCUCGAGCUGCGCCGGGUGGUGGGAUUGGGGGAGGGAAACGGAGGCGACGGGGGCGACCACGAAGGCGAGGCGCGGCUAGUCUUCCAGGAACCUUGCGCCCCCAAGACGGCACACCCUUCGUUCUUCCCAGACGAUACUCGUUUCGUUCACCAGCACGGAGACAACGACGUCGGUGUGGUAGACUGUGCCAGCGGCGAGUCCGUAGACAUGAUCAGGGUUGAUCUUUCGCCGAUGCAAGAGACACAGCAGCCCCAACAGCACGGGCAAGAAGCGAACAGUUCGACCAAGCGCGAAGAGCGAGGCGGCACCUCAGCGCCGGUGCCUUCCAUCCGUAGCCUUCGCGUUACUCCAGACCAAACGAAGGUGCAAGUGGGCAUUUCGAAAGGCAUUAUUCUGGAGUACGAGCUAGAGGGGCAGGCCUCGCACGAGCAGGCCUGGCUGAGAGUUGGCUAUGAGGCACUCAUCGGGCGCAGAGUGGUUGACGCCCCUGUGCAUGGCGACGGCGGACUCUUUGCCGUGAUGGGUCCGGACCGGGUGAUCCAGAUCCGUUCUUGGCGCGUGAAAUCGUCGUCGAAGUGCAACAAAGGCAAAACCCCCGGAGAAGGGAGCGACGAAGGCUGUACGGUUUCAGAGAGGGAACUGGCUCGCCUAUGGUGCGGUGACGAGGAGAAGAUCGAGGAGCUGGCGUUCGCUUCCACGGGGGAUUCCUUCCUGACUCGCGAGCCCGAGUCUGGUACCGCCUCACUCUGGUCCAUCAAACCCGACGUGGCCCUCAUACAGCGGAUGAAGAACGUUUGCUGCCACAUGACACCGGAGCUGUUCCUGGCGAGCGGCAAGGCCCUGGCUCUGGCCCACAACGACUGCACCGUCAAAGUGUACUCGUGCGAGACGGGCGAAGUUCUCCUGUCCCACUGCGUUCCCUCACCGGCCUCUUCGGUAGCUGUCACCACGGCGCCUAAGGAGCAAGACGGUGGUGACGCCGGAGAACGCGGUGGCAGUGGCAGCCGCGUCAGUUGCCGCAGCGGGCGAUGUUCCCCGUCCGAUGCCAUCCUCCACGCGUUUACCACAGCGGGCCAGAUUCAUCGUUGGCGUCUUUCCCUCCGUACGUCGACUGAACGGGAUGUCCCUUUCUCCAGUGUAAGUGGCGCGGACGGCGGCGGCCGUGGUCCGGUUCGAGCGGCAGCGGCAUUGCCGGCGGGAUGCGGCAGCGGCGGGAGGCACCUCAUUGUACUAGCCGGGGACCGAGGGCUGGUGGCCGUGGACGCCGAGCGGGGCGAGCUCGUGCAAGAGCUCACGGGUGCAGGGGGGGCGCAUAGGGGGGACAGCGAGGGUGGUGAUGACAGCGGCGGUCGCGGCGACGGUGGCGGGGGAGUUUCUCAUGUGGUCGUGACACCCGACGAAACGACGAUCGUCUCCGUCGGAGAUGACAACAAGCUAGUGGAGUGGGACGCCCGGACCUACGCGAUGAGGAGCAGCCGUCAGCUAAACUCGGAGCCAGGGGAGGCAGCGGCGUCCCGACGGCGAAUACCUUGGGUGGAGCGGAGAGGGUGCCGGCGGCAUCGUCGUCCCCACCGCUCUAUGGCCGUCGCGAUGACCCUGUGCAGCCGAGGGCGCAUCCAGCUGUGGGAUUUGGCGACGUAUCGGGAGUGCUGUAGAGCAGGAGCCGGCCGGACGGCCUCGAAUUCGCCGUCGCCCUCCUCCUUCGUAACCGCCGAGUGGGUCGCGCACGACGGACCGGUCACGUCCAUGGCGGCGAGGCCAAAGGUCCCCAAGCCGUCGCUUUUGCCGCCACCAUCUCCGGCGAAGGGGAGGGGCUCCGGGGGGCGCCGCGGCACGGGUACCGGGAACGGAGGGGACGAGACCACCGCUUCCGACGUAAUCGUAGGAGUUGACGCGCACAUCCACCUCUUGAUGUCCAGGAGACCCCCGGCAGUCGCCACUGGCGGCGGGGACGGCCUGGUAAGGGUCUGGACAGACGAAGGGAUGGCAACGUGCGCGGAAGCCGACGGCGCGUCUCUCCUCUCACCUGAGGCGGGGGGUGGCAGGAGAGGCCACGAGGGGGCGGUGCUCUGUGUCUGCUGGCACCCGGGGGGGGAGAUGCUCGCGUCCGCCGGGCAGGACUGGGCGAUUUGGUUGUGGAACGCGAACGGGCGGUCUCUCAGCUACAUCCAUGCGCACCAGCGGUGGACGCGUGUGCUGUCCUUCUCGGACGGCGGGGAUUUCCUGACAUCGUACGCGGCGGGAGGGGGAUUCGCCGGGUGGGCCGUGGCGGUGUCGGAGAAGAAGCAGGAGUUCAAGAUCCGGUGGAAGCAGCCUCAGAGACUGAUCGCGACACACGCUGAGCUCGACGACACCCUCGGCCUUUCCGCCGAGAACGCACAAGCGCUCUGCGACCACGGAGCAGUAGCGUCGCUACCGCCACCGUCGACCAAAUCAGAACCCACCCCAGCCGCCGGCCUCGCCGGUACCACCACCAGCGUCGCUGCCCUCGCCACGACGACCGCCAUCGAGACCCCGAUGUUGGUGGUCUCCGCAACCCUGCACGCGCGCAUCCAGGACGCAGAUUGGACCGUCGACGGGGUCCGUUCGCUCGCGUGGCCCGCCGGCGACCACGACCUGGAGGCCAGGAACUCGGAGGGGAUGACAAUGCUCUUGAGCGCGGCGAGGCACGGGAGGGGCCACAUGGUCGAUUCGUUCCUGUCCGCCGGCGUGAAUAGAAACGCCGUGGACGACCGGGGGUACACGGCUGUUUGCUGGGCUGCUGCCGGGGGCUUCUCCACGAUACUACGCGCGUUGCUGUUCUCUGACGAAGGGGCCAACCCUAACCACGUGACCAGCGACGGAGACAACCCGGCAAUUCUAGCCGCGAGAGGGGGUCACCUCUGCGCCAUCGCUGAGUUGGAGGAGGGCGGCGCCGACCUGAACAUGGGUAACCAGCUCGGGGAAACUGCCCUGAUCGCUGCCAGCCGGGCGGGGAAAACGGAGGUGGUGGCAUUCCUGGCCGGGCUGACGGGGGCGGACCUUGAGCGGAGAGAUGGAGUCCGCUGUACCACCGCCCUCGCCGCAGCCGCCUCCUUCGGCCGCACCGGCUGCGCUAGGGUCCUCCUUGCCAGGUGCGCGGACCUGUUCGUACCCGCCACCGACGGCCGCGCGCCGGUCUUCUUGGCGUCGUCGGGCGGCCACCUCGCCACCCUCCGGCUGCUGUUGGACGCGGCGGGGGCUGACCGGGAGAUGGAGAUCGCGCGGCCGGACUCCGCGGGGCGGACUCCGGUCAUGGCGGCCUCGGCGAACGGUCACCUGGGCUGCCUGCGGGCGCUGCUCGGAGACGACGGUGGCGGGGGUGGAGGACCGGAGGAGAACGGGGCGGAGGAGCGGCAGGGGUGUGUACCCGGCAUCGACGCCCCGGACGGCCAGGGCAGGACAGCGCUCAUGCACGCGUGCAUCUUCGACCAGACUGAGUGUGUGAAGUUCCUCCUGUCCAAGGGCGCUCGAGUCGACAUUGGCGACAACCGCGAAACCACCCCUAUCAUGCUUGCAGCGGGAGCCGGGCACGAGUCCUGCCUCUGCAUCCUCAUCGAAGCCUGUUCGGUGGCGGCCGCCGCCGCCGCCGCCGCCGCGACGAGCGACGCCUCGGCGUCCAACCCGGUCACGCCGCGGUCCCUCGCCUUCUACAAGGCCGACCUCCUCGACGUGGCCGACGCCGACGGCAACAACGCGUCCCACUACGCCUGCCGUGCGGGAGAGGACGGGACCCUGGCCCUCCUCGCCGAUGCUGGCGCCGGCCUCGAGCUCCCCUCUGGGGCCUCCGGCACUGGCGGCGCGGGACUGCGCCCUGUGCACCUCACCGUCGUCCACGGCUUCCUCUUCUGCUUGGAAGAGCUUGCCGAUCGCGGGGUCGACCUGGAGGCCACCGACGGGGACGGGGAGACGCCGCUGUUGCUCGCGGUUCGGUGCGGAAGCGAGGCAUGCGUCGAGUUCCUCUUGACCGAGGGAGAAGAAGAGACCAAACCUUCUGACGCCAACGGCGCUGCUUAUGCCGCCGGAUGCCCGAUGGUCGACCCGAACCGCCGGUCGGGAGGAGGAGGAGGGGUUGGGCGAGAGCGGCCGCUAAACUCGGCCGCUCGCCUCGGUAGGACGUCGCUCGUCCUUCUCCUUCUCAGCGCCGGCGCGGACCCUGCCGAGACGGAUCGCGACGGCGAGACCGCAGUCCACGCGGCGGCGAGGUGCGGCCAGGCCGGGAUCAUCAAGGCGCUCGCUCAAGCCAGUGGCGGGCGGCCACCGCCGCGCCAGCCGCGCGUGCCCACCGGCGUCAGCGGCGACGAGAGCCGCAGCGACAAGGGCGACCUCCCUCCCUGGUGGUUCAUGGUGACGGAUGCCGUGGAGACGGCCACGUUUGCCGCCGCCGUCGAGGGCCACGCCGGCGUCCUGCGGUCGCUUCUGGCGGUCGGUGCGCUGGAGACCUCGCGCCCCAACGCGGCGGGAGAUACGCCAAUGGGUGCGGCUGCGCUGGCGGGACACUCGGAGGCUCUUCAGGUCCUGGUAGAGGCCGGCGGCGAUGUCAACGACACAGAUAAAGCUGGCCGCACUUCCGCCUAUUCUGCGGCCAUCAGCGGGCACGUCAGCACCCUGGCGCUCAUCCUCGGCGACGCCGACUGCAACACCGGGGGCGAGUGCAACAGCUCCGGGGGGAGACUGAGGGGCAAGGGUGCGGGCGGAGGCAAGGCCGCCCUCGGCAACCCCGCGGCGGUAGACACUCCGGACAACAACGGGAGCACUCCUCUUUGGGCCGCCGCGGCACGCGGGCAUCUCGACACUGUCGAGUACCUCGUCGGCCGGUGCGGGGCGUCCCCUCAAGCUCGAGAUGCGCAGGGGACCACGGCCGCUUGGAUGGCUGCCGAGAGUGGGCACACGCGCUGCCUGAAGGUUCUCCUGGGCGAGGGAGCGGACGGGAGCCUCGCCAACGAUGAUGGCUUCACGCCGGCACUGAUCGCCGCUCAGGGGGGCCACGCCGAAUGCCUCCGGGUGCUGGCCAUGGCCGGAGCGGACAUGAACAUCACGGGUCCUGCGGGCAACUCGGCCGCCGGGCUCGCGGCGAUGGGGGGGCACAUCAACUGCCUGGAGGUGAUCACCGGUACCGGCGGCGACCUGGACGUGCCCAACAACGACGGACACACUGCGGUCUUCGCGGCCGCAAUGCACGGCCGCUUGGACUGCCUCCGCGUUCUGGCUGCCGCCGGUGCCCACCUCACCCGCCGCGAUGCAGCUGGAAAUACCGCCGCUAUGGUCGCCGCCAACCACGACCAGGUCUGCUGCCUCGAGUUCCUCGUCGAGCAGGCGGGCCGCAGUGUCCUAUCCGAGAAGAAUGACCGCGGCAUGUCCCCGAUCUGCUUCGCCUUGCUGUCUGGGAGCGCCGAGACCGUCGCCUUUCUCUCCGUCUUCGACCCGGGGCUAAUGAUCGACCCGGACUCGAAAGGGUGGACCCCGGCGCAUUUCGCCGCUGCCCAAGGACAGCUGGGGUGCCUCAAGACCAUCGUGGAGGCUUACGCCAACAACGAAGCGCUUGCGGGCCAGGUUCUCGGCGCCGACGCAGCUGACCGCCGCGGCGGUGCUGGUGGUGAGGGUGGAGGUGCUUCCUCGCUACUCCCCGGUUGGUGGGUAAACGUUAUGCGUGGGGUCGGUAGGGGUGAGGCGCGCUCUGCUUCCCCGUCGGGCUCUGACUCGGGGGGCUCUGCCUCGGAGGAACGCAAGCGGCGGUUGCAAGGGGCGUUCGCGGCGCGCCUUGACGGGCAUGGUGAAUCGCCGCUCCACGCCGCCGCCCGGGCGGGACACCUCCACACGUAUGCGUACCUCGUGGAGGAGGUCGGGUUGAGACCGGAGGACGCCAACAGUCGAGGAGAAACGUGCUUGUGGAUCGCGGCGGCUAAUGGGAGGUUGGAGAUUCUUCGACUGUUAGUGAAAGAAGGACUGGACGUGAACGCCCCCGACUACAAGGGCUGCUCGCCGGCCCAUGCGGCCGCUCGCGAGAACCAGGUCGAUGCCCUCGCCGUCCUAACCGAGCGCGCGUGCUCGCCAAGAGCCAGCGGCGGCAGCGGUAGGGACUUGGGCAUCAAGAGCCCCGUGCUCGACCUGGACGCCAAGGAUAUCAACGGCGCGUCUCCGCUGCACUACGCCGUCGCGGCGAGGCACCUAAGCGCCCUGGCUUUCCUCUGCGACGCCGGGGCGAACGUGGACGCGGUGGACGCGAGCGGGAGGACGCCUUGCUGGCAGGUGGCGGAGGAUGGAGAGCGGUGGUUCUUCGAGCAGGCCGGCCUGCUGGACCUGCUGGCGUCCAGAGGAGCCGAUCUCAACAAGUCCCCCGAGACCGGAACCACCCUAGCCCACAUCGCCGCGCUCAACGACGACCCCGGCUGCUUGAAGGUGCUUUGUGAGAGGGGCGCGCACGUGGACACAGUGGACCAGUUCGGGAACACGCCCGUCAUGUUCGCCGCCAUGGCCGGCGGUGUGGACAGCGUUCAGAUGCUGACUGACCGCGGGUGCGAUCUUAGCAGGGGAAACCACCAGGGGGCCACCCCGGCCUUCUUCUCCGCCCAGGAUGGCCACACCGAAUGUCUGUCCCUCCUGCUCUCCCUGGGAGCCGACGCGCGCGUGGGGAGGGUCGACGGGGGCACACCGCUCAUGAUCGCCGCCCAGAACGGGCACGCAUCCUGCGUCGAGGUCCUCCUGAGCCCGUCGCUGUGCCUCCUCCCCUCGCCCUCUGUGUCUGUCGCCACCGACGCUGGUGCUUUUCGGACACUCACGCCGCCAAAUACCGUCUGCGACAGCAUUGGUUCCAGCAGCAGCGCCAGCAGCAAUGCCAGCGGCGGCAUCGGCGAAGGCGGCGGUGGCACCCCACAACCGCACCAAAUGCCGGCGGAACGCCCGCGCGCGGGUCUCGAGUCGCGGACUUCUAGCGGGUACUCCGCGUUGAACCUGGCCGUCGUCUCCGGGGAGAACUCGUGCGCGAAGGCGCUCCUCGCAGCCGGGGCUGACGUCGAGGCAGUCGACCCCGACGGGCGGACCCCGCUCCACCUCGCCGCCGCCGCCGGAGACGCCCUGAUGUGCGGGAUCCUCCUCGAGCACGGGGCGCUGCCCUGGCGGCGGACGGCGGACGGGUUGGAGCCGGCGAUGGUGGCCGCCCUCCAGGGGCACGACUUGGCCGCGCGGCGGAUCAUCGAGGACGCACGCCUUACCCCGGGGGACGGGACCGAUGUCGCCGGGGAGGCGAUCUCAAGGUACCGCGCAGAUGCAAGGGAGCGCGCGGGCGGCGCGUCGGAUUCUCCUCUUUCUCGUGGCGUUGGCGGUGGCGGUGGCGGUUUCGGGGGCGGCUACGACGACGGUUUCGAGCGCACCAAGGCGCUCUUACCGGCCAGCGUUGCUCGGCUCCCGCCCGCCUUAACAACCCGCCAAGGCGAAGGGCCGUCUUCUGCCGUGAUUCAGGCAGGGCUUGGCCUCGCUGAGGAAGAAGGCGGCGCCGCCAGCAGCACCGGGGGCAACAGGAGCUCAGGCCGCAGAGUUGCCGAAAGGAGGAGGGAGAAAUCGAGCGCGUCCAUCGAUGAUAAGCCUUUCCGGGCACCUAGUCCUAUCGCCGCUGCCGCUGCUGCAGCCGCGGCCGCGAUACGUGUAGCCGUUCCGUCCUUCAUGCCCAUAAACAACGGGAGCAGCACUGUCCUUGUUGGCGCUGGAGCUGCCGGUGCCGAUGCCGGUGCUAGUGCUGGUGGCACUCAAUCGUCCUUGUGGUCAGGAUUGCGCCGGGAGGAAAAGGACGGCGCUACAUCGGGGGUUAGGCAGGAAAACGCCUCCAAGGAAAAGACGCCGUUACGGGCAAAGCACCGGCAGUAG